AUGUCCAACAUUCUGCCUCUGUACCACUCUUACUACCCCUCACGCCAGCCCUCGCUCUCCAAACCAGCACAUUCCGUGCAAACUGCCUCUGCAUCCUCGUCUGCAGCCACGAUUCGUCCGCAACCCAACGUACAAUCGCAAGCACAAGGGCAGCACAUAGCGAUGAGUGGGAACGCAAGCCAGGGGCCGGGGCUGCGGUAUCCGUCAAACAAGAAGAGCAUAUACGAUAGGAAUUUGAACCGGAGUAAAAAUGCCGAGCUCAGUAGAGCGGCAUUUGCAUACCUCUUCAUCGAGAUGAUUGCGUAUGCGCAGAAGGGCGCGAAGGAUGUGGGGGACUUGGAGCAGAGACUCAAUACUCAAGGCUACCCGAUCGGCCUUCGCCUGCUCGACCUUCUCCUCUCUCGUACCGCCAACCCCCUCGCGAGCAUCCGCCCCACUCGUAUACUACCUCUCCUCCAGUUCAUCGCACAGCAACUAUACCGCUACCUGUUCGGUCGACCCGCCGACGCAUUAGAAAAGUCUGGUACCGAUCCAGGACAAUACAUGCUCUUCGACAACGACCCCAUGGUCAACCAAUACAUAAGCCUGCCCAAGGAACUGUCUAGUUUGAACUGCGCGGCAUUUGUGGCGGGCAUAAUCGAGGGUGUGUGCGAUGGCGCGGGCUUUCCGACCGAGGGCGUAACAGCGCAUAGCGUAGGCGACGAGGAAGGCAAGGACGGCAAGGGACUAUGGCCGGGAAAGACGGUCUUUUUAAUCAAGUUCAAGCCUGAGGUACUGGAAAGGGAAGAGAUACUUGGUAGGGGUGGGGGCUGA